AUGGUAUCUUUUGAUGUCACGUCCCUCUUUACUUCUAUCCCCCAGGAUCUGGCAAUCGAGACCGUCCAGCUACUCCUACGAAACAAAUACGAUGAAACGGAGAAUCGUCUCGGACAUGCUCAAGUCCUUCAGCUCCUAAAGUUCUGUCUCAGGACGUACUUCACGUUUGACGGAACAAUCUACGAGCAAGUGAAGGGAACACCAAUGGGCUCGCCGAUUUCGGGAUUCAUCGCCGAGGCGGUGCUACAGCGGUUGGAGUCGCUGGUCUUCCAAAACCACAGACCGAAAUUCUGGGCUCGGUAUGUGGACGAUACCUUCGUCGUCAUCGAACGAGACCAGGUGCUAACGUUCAAAGAACGUCUCAACAGCGUCUUCCCGGACAUACAAUUCACGAUGGAGGAGGAAGAGAAUAACCAGCUGGCAUUCCUUGAUGUCCUCGUCUGUCGCAAAGAUUGUGGUGGCCUAAAGACCAAAGUGUUCAGAAAAGCAACGAACACGACGCAAAUUCUGAACUUCAACAGUAACCACCCAAUCUGCCACAAACGCAAUUGCGUAAGAACGCUAUUUCGGCGUGUUGAGACGCACUGCAGUGAACCGGAAGACAAGGUUGCCGAAUCCCAAUAUCUUCGACGGGUUUUCCGAGAAAACGGUUACCCGCGCAACUUCGUCAACCAGUGCCUGCGCAAACGAAACGAGCGACAAAAUCGCGCCGACCCCAAAUUCUGGCGAGCGAUCCCGUACAUCAAGAACGUCUCCGAGGCCGUUAGCCGCCUUCUUGCACCACUUGGGGUUGGAGUUGCGCACAGACCGGAGGCCACCAUGAGGCGUCAAGUGAUGAAACCAAAAGAUCCACUGCCACGGCAAGAAACAUCUGGAGUCGUUUAUCGGAUCUGGUGCAGUUGCGGACAAAGCAACUACGUCGAAGAAACUGGAAGACUGCUCCGGACGCGAAUCGCCGAACACGUGGCAGCUGUACGGAGAAAUGACGCCAACUCUCAGGUCGCGGCCAAUUCGACGAGACCCGGCCACACAUUCAAGUUCGAUGAGGCCGAAAUUCUCGCGAGAGGGGAUAAUCGCGUGAGCCGCGAGUUGCUUGAGUCAUGGUUCACGGGACCUCAGUCUAUCAACAAGUGCAACGACAACCCCACUCCAUAUUCUGUUUUGAGGCAUAGACUGGCCAAAGCAAUUGACCACUCGAGGAGCGCGCAAGCACGUGAGCCAGAUGGCCGAGCAAUCAUCACGCCAGCAUCCAACACGGGUGAUGAGAUGUCAGCAAUUAACAACUUGCAUGCCGGCCAUCAAGCAAUUAGCGCACCAGCGGGCAACAAUCCUUGA